ACGAAGGAGCCUUGGGACAGUGAUUCAUUCUUUAGCUAGUGCUGGAAGCGUCUGGAAGUGAUCCGUAUUUUGUGCUGACAUGCAGUUUUGCUGGUUCUAAUAUUGCCAGAUCAUCGAAAAGAGGAGUCAUUGGGCUAUACUCAGCAAAGUGAGCUAGACGUGUAAGAAGUGCGUCUGCUUGUGAAAUUCGAUCUUAUAAAAAGUUGGUUUUCGAAGCCUACCGAACUCACUUGGUGUUUGCCUGUAUCGAUCAGCAGGAGUUAAUUUUGGAAAGUUGGUCAACUGUUUACCUACCUACAUAACUUCAAGGACGAUUUAUUCAAUUCGUUUGUCGAUUGAACAGGUAUUUGAAAAGCGGAAAUAAUUAUUGGUUUUAUUUUUAACGCGGAAAGUAGUGCACUUGAAAAAUUACCAACAAAGAGAAGACGAGUUGCUGCAGUGAAAACAAAAUGGUGUUUCCCAAAGUACUGAAAGUUACCGUCCUAAGGGAGUCUGGAGAGCAGGAAAACUUUCUUCUGUCCGUCGGUCGGUAUAAGCUGGUGUGCCAACAAUUCGACGAUCUCAAGAAUGAAAUCGUGGGCCGCUACCCGGAGUUGCUGCAGUACGAGGACAUUCGAUUCGCUUGGAUAGAUGAUGACGGCGAUGAGAUCAUCAUUCUGAACCAUCUCGAUUAUGUUGACUAUAUGAAUUUGGACGCAUGCAGUGGAUCAAUGCAGAAGCGUCGUAUCUAUGUCAGAGGCAUUAACAAGUUGGAACAGCAGCAGCAACCUAAGGCUUCUGAACAUCAGGAAGCACCUAUGGAACAGGAUUCCGUUUCCAGGCAAGAAUCCGUUCCGAAAGAAGACCUUCCGGUGCAUACCAACAUCGUUUGUGACGUUUGUGACGAAACGAUCCAUGGCCAUCGGUACAAGUGCAUGCAAUGUUUCAACUACGAUUUGUGUAUGCGCUGCGAGAGCCGAUUCCGUCAUAAGGACCACAUGAUGGUCCGUAUCCCGACUCCGGAACUCAACCGGAGAGCACCGUUUCGCCUGUUUGAGAAGCUCCGAAGUUUUGCCGCCGAGGUGGGAGCGCAGCCGGGAUUCGCGGCUGCCUACGAUGUCCGUGAGGAUGAUUACGAAAACUCCAAACGGUCCAAACGCCACCACCGUCGACACAGCCGGGACCGAGACGAAUCCAAGGAAUGUCGCGAAGAAAAGGAACGCAAGGAACGUAAGCAACGCCGCGAGCGGUGCGCCAAGUCAUCGGAAGAACGCCGCGGUGGUCAUCGUUACCGUUUUGGGCAUGGGUUUAACUUUUCACAUCUGAUCAAUCAGGUCAUCGAUCCGGCCAACAUCCAGUCGGCAUUCAUUUCUGCCGAUGCCGCAGCUGCUGCCGCCGCUGCCGCUGCGGAAUCCGCGGAGGAAGCUGCCCGUGCAUCAGUGGCCAACUGUCCUCUGUUUGCGACCAUGUCAACGAGUCGCUCUGCUACGACUUCCACUUCAGCUUCGGCCUCAGCAUCAGCAUCGGCUUCGGCUCCGACUCAACAACCGGAGGCUAAAACUACUUCUGGUGAUGCACCACAUCAAGAAGCUUCAGCAUCUUCGCCCGCGAACGAGGAGCCGCAGCCGAAAAAAACCGCAACAUCAAGCGCUGCUUCCUCGAGUAGCCCCAAACAAAUCGACAUGAUCGAUCUUUCCUGGCUAGCUCCAACCCCUGAGAGCAUUCAGAAAAUUAAUCAAACAUUUUCAAAGAUUUUGGAUCCACUUGGAAUGAACAUCGAAAUCCGUGCCAAUAGCGCAGCACCGAAACCAGCCCAGACGCAAACUCCGACGGAGGAAAAGAAGGAUAAAACCACGGAAACGGCCAAUACGCCUACAAUGAGCACUCCCAGUCAAACUCCUCCAGGUGGGGCUGGAACUAGCAGCAAGGCAACUGAGAUGGAUCCUAUCGUUGAACUAGAAAGGAAGUUGGAAGCUGUUUUGAUGGCGGAGCCACAGUUGAAGAAGAAGUUGGGAAAAAUGGAUGCUAGCUUGACGACCAGCGACGAUGAUGAUUGCUCUUCGGUCAGCAGUGUCUCGUUGUUAAGUGACAAUGAUGAUUCCAUUGGAGCCGCCGCUCGAUCGGAAAAGAGAUGGACCCUGGUAGAUAUCCCUGUGGAUAUAGAGGAAACGUCACCAAAGUCGACAGAGAGCGUAGAAGUCGCUGGGGAAGCUACUAAUGUGCAUAUAGUAGAGCCGAUUGCCUCCGCAUCUUCUAUGCCGGCUACUCCAGCUGCAACUGCGGCUGGGAGUUAUCCAGAGGCAGGUUCCGCUUCAUCUUCCAACAAUGGAAGCACCUCCAAACCAAUAGAUUACGAGCAGUUGGGUAAGGCAUUGAAGCAACAUCUCGAAGCCGAACAACAAGCAGCUGCAUCGACCAAAGCCACUUCGACUCCACCUACUCCCGCUUCCGCUCCGAAAGAAGUAACACCAUCCCCUCUUCCAGCAGUUAUGGUUCCGACUGUUCAAGCUACACCCAUCGUGAAUGCCAUCUACAGUCACAAGCCUCACGUUAAUCACGCCGUUCAUGCCAUGAUGGCCAUGGGCUUCAGCAACGAGGGAGCUUGGCUCACUCAGCUGCUUGAUUCUGUCAAUGGGGACAUCCCGAGGGCGCUCGAUCUUCUGACACCGCAUAGGAUUAAUCCCUGAAGAAUUACUAACUGUUCUUCUAUAUGAUCUUUAUAUUCUAUACUAUUCAGUAGUUUUACAUGUUACAUCUGCUUAAUCUUAGAGAGAUAAGGGAAGAAUAGUAGCAAUAAAAACUAACAAAGAUUGGCUAUUGCCACAUUCACAUGUGGUGUUAUAUUGAUACAAAAUAAUUACUAGUGAUUAUAAUGAAAUGGUGAUUGCAGGUAGAGAAUAAGGAUUUGAAACACAAACAUAUAUUUUUUUAAACCCUAUGUUUUGAGCACUGUAAUGAAUCAAAUUCUUUUUUAACAACCAUUGGAAUUUGUGUUAAUUUGAAGGCUGUUUUUACUCAUAUAUUUUAAAUAAUCAGACUAGUGUCAAACAGUACACUUUCUUAUGUAUCGUU